CGUUCACAUUCGCACUUGAGGAUGGUUGUAACUAGACGCGCUACUAUAUAACCAUACAUUUUGAAGCGAUGCAAGUAGUAUCUGAACGGUUUUUCUCACUAAGCCCUGCAUUUGGGAAUAAACCAUCUCACUCAGACACACAACCGACUUGGGAGUUGGAAGAGUUAGCGUGGCCGCAGCAACAAGUGAUGAUGGCUUCCAAAAGUGUGAUUUAUUUGUUUAUUCACAAUGUGGACACAGAGCGGAAUGGGUCUCAUUUACUCUGACUAUUGGCGAAGCGAAGCCAGGAAUGAACAUAUUACCCGUGAAAACUGGUCGAGCAAGCGUGACUAUGUCCUCUCCAUGAUCGGCUAUGCUGUUGGACUGGGAAACAUCUGGAGGUUUCCCUACCUGACCUACAAGAAUGGAGGGGGGGCCUUCCUUAUCCCAUACUUCACAAUGCUUCUAGUGACUGGUCUUCCUCUUUUCCUCCUGGAAAGUUCCUUCGGUCAGUUCUGCAGCCAGGGUCCGAUCAAUAUUUGGAGAGCAGUGCCGGUCCUGCAGGGUGUCGGCAUAGGGAUGGUGAUGGUGACUCUCUUAAUAGCUAUUUACUACAACGUCAUCAUUGGCUACAGCCUGUACUACAUGUUUGCGUCCAUGCAGAGCCCUCUUCCAUGGGCCAGCUGCCCGAACACCACUUUCACUUCCUGCAGUGAAACGCCUAUAGUAUAUUGUAAUAUCAAUGGUACUUUGACGGGAAUGGUCCAGACUUGUACUCCAUCCAGGAACAUCAAGAUGGAUGUCCAGAGCCCAAGCGAGUACUACUGGGACCAUGUGGCUCUCCAAAGAUCCAGUGGCCUGGAGGAAACAGGACCAGUAGUUUGGCACCUUGCUCUUUGCCUGUUGUUGAGCACCCUCCUUGCAUGUGCAUCUCUGAUCAAAGGCAUCAGGUCAUCAGGAAAAGUUGUGUAUUUCACGGCCACAUUUCCUUAUGUGGUGAUUUUUAUCCUGCUGAUCAGAGGUGUGACACUAGAGGGAGCUAGAGAUGGGAUUGAGUUCUACAUUGGCUCACAGUCCAAUUUGACAAAGCUUUCUGAAGCCCAGGUGUGGAAAGAUGCAGCAACCCAAAUCUUCUUUUCCCUCUCUAUUGGCUUGGGAGGACUCAUGGCCCUCUCUUCCUAUAAUGACUUCCACAACAAUGUGUUCGCAGACACAUUAGUUGUGUCUAUUACUAAUGCUGCAACUAGCAUCUUUGCUGGCUUUGCAAUCUUCUCCAUAAUGGGUCAUAUGGCUCACAUCUAUAAAUUACCAGUCGCAGAAGUGGUAAAGGAAGGAUUUGGCUUGGCAUUCAUUGCCUAUCCAGGAGCUCUCGCUAAGCUUCCCAUCUCACCACUGUGGUCCGUUUUGUUCUUCUUCAUGAUUCUGACUGUCGGUCUGGACUCUCUGUUUGCAGAAAUAGAGGUGAUAUUGACCUCCCUGCAGGAUGCUUAUCCCAAAGUCUUCAAACCCAGACGAGCCUUACUAACAAUAGCAACAUGUGCAUUCCUCUUCCUUCUGGGCCUGCCGUGCGUCACAAGAGCUGGAAUCUACUGGGUGACACUCAUCGACUCGUUUAUCGCCAGCUGGGUUGUGCUAUUUUUGGUUCUCUUAGAGGUCGUUGGUGUUUCCUACGUAUACGGAGUGAACCGUUUCAUAGAAGACAUCGAAAUGAUGAUUGGAAAAAAAUCCCCCCGUUUCUGGCUGUGGUGGAGGGCAUGUUGGUUCUUUUUCACCCCCUCCAUCUUACUGACUAUCUUGAUAUGGUCUCUAUGGACCUUUGUAGCCCCCACAUAUGGAGACAUACGCUUCCCCUCCUGGGGCUUGUCUCUGGGAUGGUGCAUGCUUUUUUUCGUCUUGAUCUGGCUCCCUAUUGCUGCCAUCUAUCAUCUGACACAAGCUAAAGGAAACCUCUUAAAUCGACUGACAUCAGUGUGUGCCCCAUCGGAUGACUGGCGUCCCUACCUGGAAAAGCAUCGAAGAAAGAGCUACCCAGAUAAUCAAGGAGCAAACAAUCCCCAUGAGGCUGACGAGAUCUCCGACUACUGGCUUUGAUGUGUCUGCUGUUCUGUUUUAUCGGUUCAUCUGAGUAUGUGUGACAUCUUUCGCAAUCUAUUGAAAUGUUUUAAAAUAGAUCAAAAAAAUGUUUAGCAUGUUUACUUUUAUUUAAAUGCAUAGUGUUUGUAAUCUAAACUUAAACUUACUUGUAGCAUUGUAAAAAAAAAAUUUUCGGAUUAUUUUGAUUGUAUGUUUUGUUUAUUAUAUUUUACCUAACGAGGUGAUAAUUUGCCAUUGUCUCAUUGUGACGAUCUUCAUCAGCAACAUUGUAUUGUCAUGUGGAUGAAUGUACAUGAAGCCUAAAUAACAACCAAAGUAACAAAAAAAAGUAGUUAAAACAAAACAUACGUGAACACACUCUUUUUACGCUGUAGUGGGCGUGAGGAAUUAUACACUACUUUGUCCCACCUUCUCAAAUAAAAUCCCUGUAAAAGUU